AGGAAGUGUUCUGGCCUUUUCUCAUUUUCCUUUUUUCUGGCUGACAGCCGUUCUGCUCACUGCCAUUGGGAACAGAAGCGCUAGGUUACUGGUGUUACUCUAAAAGCCAUCCUUCAUUCUCACGCCGGAAGCUGCUGUUCUAGCCGUGAAAGAAGGACGGCGUGGUCCUCAGUUUGCUAUGUCCACCAACAAUAUGUCCGACCCACGGAGGCCCAAUAAAGUGCUGAGGUAUAAGCCUCCUCCGAGUGAGUGCAACCCGGCUUUGGACGACCCGACUCCGGACUACAUGAAUCUUCUCGGCAUGAUCUUCAGCAUGUGCGGCCUCAUGCUUAAGCUGAAGUGGUGUGCUUGGGUUGCUGUGUACUGCUCCUUUAUCAGCUUCGCCAACUCCAGGAGCUCGGAGGACACGAAGCAGAUGAUGAGUAGCUUCAUGCUCUCAAUCUCGGCCGUGGUGAUGUCCUAUCUACAGAAUCCUCAGCCCAUGACGCCGCCAUGGUGAUGUCACCUAGGAGGGUUGGAUCCUCGGCUCUGGCACACCUUUUCUCUGGUCUAGCCUUUGGCUGCCUCCCCCCUCCCUCAGCUGCUGUCCUAAACUUGCCUGAGUGUGGUCUCUGGGCUCCCAGCUGAAUGGAGGGAAGUUGGCCCUUUCUUUGGGGUCCUGCUUCUGCUUUGACAAAGAGAUAACCCUGCAGACUUCCCUUUAAUCUUCCCUCCCCUGGCCACUGUUAGGAAAAACACUGGUCAUGUUUCUAAGUAUUCCCUUGUUUUCUUAUGAAACCAGUUGAUAUAAAAAUUUCCACUCUGCUUUGCUUGUA